UGUAAAUAAUUACAACACAGGCUCUCUUUACGGAUGUUGCGUCACCGCUGCUUUAAAGCAGACCGAACUGAGAGCGAGCAGGCCACAAUUUAUUCUCAAGCCGAUGGAUCGUAUCCGAGCCUGAAAACCCGGGUUAAACCCACUCUAAAACCUGGAUUAAGAACCUGGACCCUAACUGGGACACCCCUCGAGGGAACCUGGAUUAUCCCUCGCGCGUUGGAGCUUUUAAAACGGAGCGAAGGCGCUUUAUUGGCUCGGCCUUCCUCCCAAAAUGGCUGACACCGAGGUCUCCUUGUCCCCAGCUCUUCAACCACUCCAUCUUAGCCCCUCCCACUCUGCCCCACCUCCUCCACCUGGCUCUUCCUCUUCCCCAACCACGUUCUCUUGCCCUUCCUCCCCCUCCAGUGCCUCAUCUUCUUCUUCAUCCUCUUCUUCCUGCUCUGAGAGCUCAUCAGACUGCCCUGAUCACCAUCACCAUCAUCGUCACCAUAAUCAUCAUCCCCGGCCUCAACUUCAGCUUCCCCCACCUCCCAACGGCGAGCAGCCAUCUUCCCCCAGCGCCAGCCCUCGCAGCUCCAGUCCCAGCGGGAGCAUCGGCAGCACUGGCAGCAUCGGCAGCAGCAGCGAGGGCAUCGGCAGCAGCGGCGUGUCGAGCGGCGGUGACCAGCGAGAGCCGAGUCCCCUGCUGGACGUAAUCUCAGAAGACGCCAUGGAGAUGGACCUCGGGGUUGACCCAGUGAUCGAUCCGGAGGUGGCGCUUAAAGCUUGCCAGGAAGUGCUUCUUAAGGUCCAGAUGCUUGAAAACAAACAGCGACAAGACGACCCAAACCAACACAACUACUCAGAAACCCCAGAGCUCUGCAGUCCUCCGUGGCACAUCAACCCCGACACAAGCUUCAUCAAAGAAGAAGACGAGGACGAAGGACAGAAAGAUGCUGCUAAAACCCAACGAGACCCGUCUCCUUUGGCCCGAUCGGAGUCUUCUUCAACGUCUAAGCAGUCUUGGCUGUUGCGCCUGUUUGAAUCCAAGCUGUUUGAUGUUUCCAUGGCGAUCUCUUAUCUGUAUAAGUCGAAGGAGCCUGGAGUCCAGGCGUACAUCGGAAACCGCCUGUUCAGUUUCCCUGACAGUGAAGUGGACUUUUACCUGCCACAGCUCCUUAAUAUGUACGUGCACAUGGACACGGAGGUGGGAGAUGCUAUCAGGCCGUACCUGAUCAAUCGCUGCAAAUCGAGCAUCACCUUCUCUCUGCUGUCAGCCUGGCUGCUGGGCGCCUACUCCUCCGACAUGCACAUCUCCACUCAGCGCCACUCCAGAGGCACCAAACUCCGAAAGCACAUCCUGUCAGAUGAGCUCAAACCUGCUGGAACUACAUUUGAAGCACCUCGGCCCAUUUCGGGAUCAGUUUCCGACAGUCCGCUGUCCUCGCCGCCACACUGUCGCAGUCACCGCAGACACAACAGUAGCAAUGUAGAUGCCUCCUUGUCCUUCAUUACUGGAUCUGUCCCAGAUGGUACUGAUCAGGGGGAGGUGUUUUUUUCCCCGACCAAGAGGACCCAUCAGAGGUCCAAGUCAGAUGCCACCUUGGUGACCAGUGGACUUGGUGCCAGCCUGAAACGGACAGGAAGUAACCCGAAGGUGGAGGCUGUCCACGAGGAGCCAGAUCGUCUUCGUCCUCAGCGGGAGUUUGUAAAGUCUCUGUUCGGCAUCGGGAAGCGGUUAGCCACGCUGCCAACCAAAGAACAGAAGACUCAGCGGCUGAUCUCAGAGCUGUCGCUGCUCAAUGGCAAGCUGCCGGCUCGGGUUUGGUUACCGACCGCUGAUCAUCAGCACCACGUCUGCAGGGUCCCCCACACCCAAGCUGUGGUCCUGAACUCCAAAGACAAGGCUCCCUACAUCAUCUACGUAGAGGUUUUAGAGUGUGAAAGCUUCGAGACGUCUCCGGUUCCCGUUCGGAUCUCUGAGACCAGGAUUCGUACGGCCCGUUCCGCUGAGAACCUGGACUGUGGAACGGCGGCUAAUGCUAACAGUAGCAUCAUGACGUCAGAACACCGAGCGGGAAGCUUCUCCACCGUCCCAAACUAUGAUAACGACGACGAGGCGUGGGCCACUGAUGAUAUCGGACAGCUCCAAGUAGAGGGAGAGGCCCAGACCAGCAGCAGUGAUAACAUCAGUCAGUUUUCAGUAGACAGCAUCACAAGUCUGGAGAGCAAGGAGCCAGUGUUCAUCGCUGCCGGAGACAUCAGACGCCGUCUCUCAGAGAACCUGGCUCAAACACCCACUACAUUCAAGAGGGACCCUGAAGACCCAUCAGCUGUCGCCCUCAAGGAGCCCUGGCAGGAGAAAGUCAGGCGGAUCAGAGAAGCCUCUCCGUACGGUCACCUCCCUAACUGGAGGUUGCUGUCGGUCAUCGUGAAAUGUGGAGAUGACCUGAGGCAGGAGCUGCUGGCCUAUCAGGUUCUCAAACAGCUACAGUCCAUCUGGCAGCAGGAGAGAGUUCCUCUGUGGAUCAAACCUUAUAAGAUCCUGGUGAUGUCCUCAGACAGCGGGAUGAUCGAGCCCGUCCUCAACGCUGUCUCUCUGCACCAGGUGAGAAAGCAGAGUCAGUUGUCGCUACUCGACUACUUCCUGCAGGAACACGGCAGCUUCACCACCGAGGCUUUCCUCACCGCUCAGAGGAACUUUGUCCAGAGCUGCGCUGGAUACAGCCUCAUCUGUUACCUGCUGCAGGUCAAGGACAGACACAACGGGAACAUCCUGCUGGACUCCGAAGGCCACAUCAUCCACAUCGACUUCGGCUUCAUUCUCUCCAGCUCUCCUCGCAACCUUGGCUUCGAGACGUCAGCCUUCAAACUCACGUCAGAGUUUGUAGACGUGAUGGGCGGCCUCGAUGGAGACAUGUUUAUCUACUACAAGAUGCUGAUGCUUCAGGGUCUGAUUGCGGCCAGGAAGCACAUGGAGAAAGUCCUGCAGAUAGUGGAGAUCAUGCAACAAGGUUCCCACCUGCCCUGUUUCCAUGGCUCCAGCACCAUCCGAGGCCUGAAGGAGCGCUUCCACAUGUCUCUGACAGAGGAGCAGCUCCAGCUGCUGGUGGAGCAGCUGGUGGACGGAUCCAUGCGCUCCAUCACCACCAAACUCUACGACUCCUUCCAGUACGUCACUAACGGCAUCAUGUGACCCGUCACACCAGGCGGGGCACAUUUAAGCUCUGUGCACAAAGUGGCGGCUUGAUUUCUUUUUAGUUUUUCUCCUUCUGAUGGAAGUCAGGAGCUAAACACGACACCGACUGGAUUCACUGGAUUGGAAUACUGUGAUUCUUUUGGAAUCUUAACGGAUUGAUCCGAUCAGCUUUUUGCUGGGAUCUUAGAAAGGAAAGAAUCUGGAACUUUUCUGCAUCAAAAUUAAAUAAACAGUAUAAAAAAGGCCAGAGGCAUAAAAGACGUUUAUCAUCCGAGCUGCUGCCUGUGAUGGAUUUAUUUUAGACCCCGUUGGACUUCUGCUGGACUUAACUCUGAACGGUUUGUGCAGCUGCUGCUGAAGACGGAGAAACGGAAGAUCGUCAGAUUUUAACUUCAUUAAACCCUCGAAACCUGCACGGCGCAAAAGGCGAAAGCGACUUUCGAAUCGGCCACAACUCCACAACGAACUCGACGAGCUGCAGCGACAAAUAUGAAACGGAAAACUAAAUGGCCAGCUGUGAGAUUUCAGGGGAUUUGGCAGAUGAUGAAAACCACAGAAAAGAUCCACUUUCUUAUUACUUUAAGAAGAAAACUUGGAAUUAUGAAAUCAAAAUGUUUAAUUUGCCUCCAGAAUUUGGAACAUGACAACAGCUAGUUCUCAGCUGACCCGAGCCCGACGGGGCGGCGAACACCAGCAGGACGUCUCGACUGACUGAAGAAAUCUGUCGGUAUUUGUGAUUGUUCUUACAGAACAGAAACACUAAAGGGUAAAAGCACAUCCAGAGCAAAGUGGAGUUUUUUUUCCUGGACUUUAUUUCUCAGCAGAGAAAGUUUAUUGAGAGAAAAAAAGUAAACUGUUCUCACCCCCUUUUAGUUUUGGGGAGUUCUGAAAAUGUUUGUGUCAGUUGUUUCACCAGACAGUUACUGCAAAAGCUAAAUCUGAGUAAUUCUACAUCUACAGCCAACUUCCACCAAACUAAGAAAGAACAAGCAGAAUCGCGCUCUGUGUAGCAUGUUUUCAAUCUGCAUUCUGUAUUAUGGCCAGCAGAGGGUGACUGUAGUCUGUUUCAAAGUCAUUAAAAGGGAAAAGGAUGCUUUUUAAAAAUCCGUUACCUCAGCAACCACUUUCCUUUUAUGACUAAAUGCUCUAAAUUCACAGUUUUAAACUCGGCAUAAUAUUCAUUAAGCAUCUUCGUGAGUAGAAGAUUCUUCCUUCACCUGUAAAUAGCUAACGGUUGAGCUUAGUUCAUUUGACGACACGUUGCUACAUCCUUUAUCAACGGUAUUUUUCUUCAUUUGUUAUUAAUUAUUUCACACACUAACAAAACAUUUAACCAACGAAUGAGCUGUUGCUAAACAUAUUUACCGUCCUGAGUGCCCUCUGCUACGUGAAUGUUCAAAUAUUCAGUAUUAUGAAACAUUUCUGGUUAGCAUAGCAUCCUGUCUGGUGGGAAAACUGACUUUUAACAUCUGUUUUUCAUCACUUUAGGUCCAAGUUGAAUUUCAGACUUAAACUGUGCAAUUUAUAGUUUUGUUUUGUUUUUUAACUCAGAAUAUCUGUCAAAAACAUUCGGUUCACAUGGUAAAGGGGCUAACGUUAGCGCAAACCUUUGGCCGGAUUGGACGAUUCCUCGCUCAGCGUCUGUGUUGUUUGCUCUAAAUGGAUCUCUUGUGUUACAGUCCAACGAGCGUUUUGCAUAUUUGACAUACGAUUAGCGUUCUUCCUCCUGGUUGGUUGAAACCAAAAUUCCUCUGACUGAAGGGAACCAAUCAGGAGAUGCGGUUCUGCACGUUGGGUUUAAAAAGACAAAUAAAUAAAUAAAUGGACUCAAUAAAUGUAUUUGUAAAAUCAAAGAUGACAGUUUUCCUGAACAUGUGAAAGUGUUUUUUUUUAUAUGAAUGUCCUCUAAAAUAUCGUAAUAUUGUUGUCACACAGAUUUGUUCUGACAAGCAGAAGUUUCUACUUUAAUCUCUUUGCACUGGCUUUACUCCAGAGUAUUAGCUUACUGUUUACACCCGGAAAUACAAGAUUAACACAAGGUGGAGUAUUUCUUCUGUAUUUUAAAUAUCUAUCUUUACUAAAAGUAAUUUGAGAAUUUAGUAUUAGGGCUGCACAAUAUAUCGCAAAUAUAUCGUUAUCGCGAUAUCAGCAUGCACAAUAUGCAUAUCGCAAAGAACAGAUAAAUAUCGCAAUGAAUGGUCAAGUCAAAUGUUUGCUACACAUAAUGCAUUCUUUCAAUCAAACGGAAGUAUGUUUUUUUUAACAAACUAAAUGGAGCUCCACCCAUUUGUCCAAUUGGGUGGGUUCUCCUGGGUUAGAUGCCCACCCCCGAGGCGGACGGCACCUAAUUUUGAUGGUUAGCAAACACCUGCGUUAGCUUUGUUCUGCACUUUCUGCUGAUUCUGCUUUUUCUGGGAUCCACCGAUUGCCUUUUCUUGUUCAUUUCCUUUUUCUCUUUCCUCACAUCUUUAGCAUUUCUCAUUCUCAUGAUUUUUUUUUUGCCAUUUUUUGAUUUAUUUGUUUUUGAUAAUUUUAGUUCCUGAGUUAAGUUUUUAUUGCAAAUAAUAUCGUCAUCGCAAUAUUUAUCACUGUUAUUGCAUAUUGCAGGUUUUCCUAAUAUCAUGCGGCCCUAGUAUGUGUGCUAGCCGAUAUACAAUAAUAUCUAAUGUAAACAAAUUAGCUUAACCGCUAACUCCUCUAAUGCCUGUUGCAGGUUUUUGUGCUUUGAAUCAAACAACUCCUGUCCUUUUCUCACAUUUGAGUUGAAAAUUUAAGAUAAAUUGAAUUAUUGUUGCUAAAACCGCUGCUUCCAGUGUAAAAUAUUAAUUAUAAGCCCUAUUUGGCUAAUUGUGGCUAAUGCUAACUUGAUAGCAAGCUGAAUAAUUAGGCCUACUGAAAGCUGGUUCCAAAUUAUUGUAUAUUUUUCAAAAUGUUCAAAUAUUUUAAUACAUUUAUCUGAUUUCCCCAGCUUUAUUCAUAUCAUGACGGUGAUUUAAAUAAAUUAUAGCUAAUUUAAUAAAUGUAGCGUGCUGAUAGAAUUUGGCUAAUAUCCAUUUUGUGCGUUAUUCACAAUCGACGUGUAAUAAGACGCUAAUUUAAAAUUUGAAUAAGAAAAUUCCCUCUGGAAUAAAGCCAGUGCUCUAGGAGGUCAAGUUUGUAUGAUUUAUUUCUGUUUUGUCACGUUUCUUUUUGGCCACUAUUAAAGAAAAAGCACAUGUUUGUUGUUGUGACGGCAGCAUCUUGUUACCUUCUGCUAACCGUAAGCCUGCUACGUUUUACCUAGCUGUGACUAAAGUUUACCAGAGAAGCAACUGAAAUAGCAAACACUUUUUUGUUUUUUGCAAUUUUCCUUAUUUUAUUAGAAAUUGUAAAUAUGUAUUUGUGUUUGUUUUUCCUGUACGAAGAAUUGAUGCCUUGAGACGUACAGAAGGUACAAAACUUAUCAAUGCAACCAGAGGGACGAUUGUGUUUGUCCCUCCCAAGUGCUUUUAUAUUUGAUAUUUGAACGCUUCAGGGGUGAGUUUCAACAGUCUGAUGUUUGUUUAGCUUCAUGUGAAGUCACAUUUUAUAUUAUAACCACUUUAUAAGUUAUUAAAUGUGUUUUAAUGUCAGAACUAGCUAAAUUGGCAAAAGGAACCCUUCAAAUUGCCUGCAAAACGAAGCUAAAAUAAGCACUGUUGGAACUCUGCUACUGAAAACCUUUCAUUGCCUUCUUUGUUUCUUCCAUCAGCUCUGAACACUUCUACACUAUCAAUGUGAAAAACUUUAAACAAGUGCUUUUAUUCUAAAUGAAAAUGUUAUUUGAGUAGAUCCCUUGUUUUUACCGUCAUCUGUUCGUACAAACGUAAAUGCAGACACGUUUUUGGUUCAUCAACGCACUAAUCCAACGCUAACUCAAACUAAAAAUGAAUAACUUAUAUAUCUUAAACAUAGAAAAAUGUCAGUUUUUUUUAUUUAAUUUUUUUUAAUAAAUGACACAAACUGGCCAGCCAGGACAAAAAUGACCAAUUUUUAUUUUAUUUUUUACAAAAAUUCCACCUGGAUUUUUUUCUGAUUUUUAGAUCUUAAAAAGAAAUCAGCAAAAUUUUUAUGAACCUGGAAUAUCAUGUUUCCCAAAAUUUAGAACAAAUAACUAUUGAUCUUAUCAAAAUAAUUUAGAAAACUUAACAGUUUUCAUGAAACAUAGUCAUUUGAUUUUCCAAAAAUGUUUUAUAUUUUAUUUAUUCUUUUUGAUUAAUGACAUUUUUUAAUUUUACAUUUAAACCACAUUUUUUUUCUUCAGCUCCGACUCAAUGUUUUUAAGGAGAAACAAAUACAUCCUGUUUUAGUUCUAGUUAUACGUCUGCUGAUGUUCUUGAUCUUCAGUCUUACCAUGUCCUGACUAACUGCAUGGAAACUCAUCCAAUAAACCUAAAACCUGGUUCUGA